UUAUUUCCACGAGUUUACGCUACUCGCUUCUGAUUGGCUGAUGCUCUGCAGACGAACCCCGCCGUGAGAAAGGGGGGUGGCGACCAGGUUUGAAUAGGGAUGCUUGCAGCGCUGUUUCCCGAGCCAGUCAGUGCAGUGUAGUGUUUGCAAACAGUGUCAGAACAAGCUAGAGACGAAUCAAGGGGGAAUCAGACGGAGGGGACGCUCACCUCCUGCUAUCGCUGCUGAAAACAGACGCUUUUUGUUUGCAUCGCAGGGAUCGCUCUUUUUUCUUUAACCUGGUAUUUUUUUUCACUUGAAAAGAUAUAUAAGUGCCGCUAACCAGGCUUUAAAAAAAAAAAAGCUCGGGGAAAAUGGAUGUUCUACCCAUGUGCAGCAUCUUUCAAGAACUUCAGAUAGUUCACGACACGGGCUAUUUCUCAGCCUUACCGUCACUGGAGGAGUAUUGGCAGCAGACAUGCUUGGAGCUGGAGCGCUACCUGCAGAGCGAGCCUUAUGUUGCUACAUCUGACCUCAAGUUCGAUGGUCAGGAGGACCUCUGGAGCAAGCUGAUCUUGGCCUGUGGGGAUAAGGCCAAGGCUGACCCAAAGCUGCCCCUAGCCCACAAGGAGGACAAUCAGGAUAGCCAAAUCUUGGACACCAUCAGUGUGAAUUCAGAUGCCAGCAGCGAGGCUUCAGACAGUUCUGAGGAGCUUUCGCCCAUACACAGCUUUACCUCCAAUCCUCUGGGCUCUGUCUUGGCUGACUCUGGACCUUUUAGUCCCUCCGCCAUUAGCACCCCCCCAUCCUCUCCAGAGGCUAACUCAGAGCCUGGCGGCGUUACAGAUGGCUGGGUCGCCACGCAUGCCGAGAUGCAUUCGCCAGUCAAAAUCAGGAGCGGCGGGGUGGUGAAGAGUUCAGAAAAGAUGGGACUCAUCUGUGGGGAUGCGUCUCCAGACAGCAGGAGGCGAGUACACAGGUGUCAAUUCAAUGGGUGUCGCAAAGUUUACACAAAGAGCUCCCACCUUAAAGCACACCAGCGUACUCAUACAGGUGAGAAACCAUACAGGUGUUCAUGGGAGGGCUGUGAGUGGCGUUUUGCAAGAAGUGACGAGUUGACAAGGCACUUCAGGAAGCACACCGGGGCAAAGCCAUUUAAAUGCAGUCACUGUGACAGAUGUUUCUCUAGGUCCGACCAUCUGGCUCUUCACAUGAAGAGGCACAUCUAGAGCAGGGCAAGAACCAACCAAGCAAGAAAAAAGCAAACGCUGUCUCCCUGACCAGUCUCUUGGUCAAACUGUCCCAGGGCAGAGUGGCGGGAGUGUGUUCCAGCCAAAGCAUGCCGUUUUGCACCAUACUGAAUUCCAGUGCCUCCGGGACCUCUCUUUGAAGAAGGACGCUCUGAAGGUUGUCUGUUGCAACAAGGACAAAAUCGUGAAUGGGGGCGUUUUUUUUUUUGUUUUUGUUUUUUUGUCUGAAAAGAACUUACACAAAAAAUGUAAAAGAUACACAAACAUAAAAGAAUGAAUGGUUUGUAUGUAUGAUGCAUGAUGUUUUGGGGACACCUCCCUGACAGCAGAUACACUGGUACUUCUGAGGUAAGCAUGUGUGCACUGUGAAUGUCUGAGACUGGCUCACUGGUUCCCCAGAAAGAGAGAAGAAGAAAGGACUUUUGGGAGAAGAAACAGAUUGAUGGAUGGUGCGAGGUUGGUGCCAGUGUUGCUGAGGCCUGACUGGGUUUCUGGGGUAAACAUUCCACUUGUGUAUCCCUGGCGGCAGUGAGACGAUGAGGCAGGGAGGAAGUUCCUGCCUGUCUGUCUGGCACCCAGACUGGGGAAGGGGGGAUUCUCCCACGCUUGUGAGGCCUUGGGUUUGAACAGCGAGAAAGAGUUGAUGUGUCACUCUCUCGCCUGUGACCCAGGGACCAAACC